AUGGCCUCGCCCAGGCCGGGAGCAGCGCCGGGCCCUCCUGCCGCCGAGACCGAGGAGGGGCCGCCGCCGCCGCAGGGCUCCGAGGAGGCGGAGGGCUUCCUCCGCUGGGGCUGCCGGGCGUCGUCGGAGCCCCGGCCGGUCUUCUGCAGCCGCCUGCAGCAGCGGCUUUGCCCCGGCUGGCUGAAGCCCGAGCGGAGCGGCCAAGCCGGGCUGGCGGACCGGGGGAUCCUGGAGCGGCUCCUGGCCGCGCUGCCCACGGAGAUGGCGGGCUGGCUGCGGGAGUGCCGGGCGGAGAACGUCGCCCAGGAGGGGACCCCGACCGAGAGAUCCCUGCUCAGCCGGGCCCGGGAGGAGCGGAGGCGGCGGCAGGGCUCAGUAACCUUUGAGGAGGUGGCUGUGUAUUUCACGGAGGACGAGUGGGCGCUGCUGAAUCCCAGCCAGAGAGCUUUAUACGGGGAAGUCAUGCUGGAGAAUUCUAGGAAUGUGGCCGCUCUGGCUUAUGGGCAGGAGCCUGAGAAUAACAAGGAGCCGAGCCUAACGCUAUUUCAAGUGAUCCAAUCUGAAAAAGGAAUACUUGGAAAUCGGGGGGCACCUCAAAAGAGUACGAAAAGCUGCCGAAAGAAUGGAAGGAAGAUGUCUUCUAGUCACAAUGAAGUCCUUGGCCUCCCAACCCAGCAACUUCAACAAAGGGAAGAAGUUGGAAAACCUUUCGGAUUUGCCAAAAUAGACAAACGAACAUCUCUUUUCAGUAAAUAUUAUCCAAACCAAACUGAAGAGGAACAUUGUGAACAUCAAGAGCAUGGGCAAAAUAUCAAUCUUAGCUCCUCUCUUGUUUUACAUCACCCAUCAUACAUCCCAGAGACACCAUAUGGAAUUAUAAAUUGUGGCGAAAAAUUCACUUUGAACAGUCAUCUUACGUCACAUAAAGACGAGAAUCUAUAUGUGUGUGGAAAGGGUUUCAGCCAGAAACAGUUGCUUAUUUUACCCCCAGAAAAUGCCCCAAUGGAGAAACGGUAUAAAUGUCUGGAGUGUGGAAAGACCUUCACUCACAAAUGUAAACUUACUGUCCAUGAACGGACCCACACCGGGGAGAAACCAUAUAUAUGCCUGGUGUGUGGAAAAAAAUUCAGUCAGACUGGUCACCUUACCAGACAUCAACGAACCCACACUGGGGAGAAACCGUAUUCGUGCAUGCAGUGUGGAAGGAAGUAUAGUGGAAGUUCCAGCCUUAUCAAGCAUGUAAGGAGCCACACGGGGGAGAAACCAUAUAAAUGUUCAGAGUGUGAUAAGAGCUUCAAUCAAAGCAGUCAUUUUAUUCGCCACAAAAUGAUCCACACAGGAGAGAAACCAUACAAGUGCCUGGAUUGCGGAAAGAGCUUCGGGCGUAAUUUUAGCCUUAUGCAACACAAAAGAACUCACACAGGGGAGAAACCGUAUCAGUGCCUGGUGUGUGGAAAGAGUUUCAGUGGCUCCUCGGAUCUUAUGUACCAUAAGAGGAUUCACACAGGGGAGAGACCGUAUAAAUGCCUGGAGUGCGGAAAGCGAUUCAGUAGGAGAAGUCGCCUCACAGCUCACAAAAGAAAGCACACGGGACAGAAACCGUAUAUAUGCCUGGUGUGCGGAAGGAGAUUCAGUCAGAGCGGCCACCUUACAAGUCAUAAGAGAACUCACACUGGGGAGAAACCAUAUACCUGCUUGAAAUGUGGAAGGAAGUUUGGUAGAAGAUCUAGCCUGGUGAUACAUGUAAGAAUCCACACGGGGGAGAACCCAUAUAAGUGUACCGAGUGUGGAAAGGGCUUCCGUCAGAGAACGACCUAUAUUUACCAUCGAAGGAUCCACACAGGAGAAAAACCAUACAAAUGCCUGGAGUGUGGGAAGAACUUUAGGCGAAACUGCCACCUUAAGAAACAUAAAAAAAUGCACACCGGGAAGAAAGUGUAUCAGUGUUAGGACUCUGAAAAGAACUUCAGCUUACACUCAGAUGUGACUUAUCUUAGACAUAUUCAUACAGGGG